CAAAAAAUGUAAACAUAAACAAAACAACAUUUUUAAACGAUUCAGUUCGAUUUUCUGCAUUUUCCUUAUAUUUUCUCAACCAUGGCAGAUUAUUGGAAGUCUAAUGAUCGCAAAUAUUGCGAUUUUUGCCAAUGCUGGAUCGCUGAUAACAAAUCGAGCGUCCAGUUCCACGAGAGUGGCCGGCGGCACAAACAGAAUGUACAGAAGCGCCUCAGCGACAUUACUAGAAACAGUUACAAAGCCCAGAAAGAGCAAAGCAAGGUCGAUGCCGAUCUGAAAAAGAUGAACGAUGCCGCCAUGAAGGCUUACAUGCAGGAUAUUUCCGCCGGAGCCGACAUCAGCUCCCGGUUGGCUCUGGAAGAACAGCAGCGAGCUGAGGCGGCCGCCGCAGCUGCUUCCCUGGAAGCGACUGAAGAUGCUGCCCCUGGUCCUAGCGUUGCCGGUCCAAGGAUACCGAAGAAAAAGGUUGGCCGAGAGGCAGAUCCAUUCUACAUUCCGGGAGAUUUCAGUGACGAAGAACAGGCGGCCCCGAGCAAAGCGACUGCCGCUGCCAUUGCCGAAGCUGCUAAGAAAAAGCGCCUGGAGGAAAUCAAUCAAAUGGGUCACGGGUCCAUGUGGGUAGAGGCAACUUCCGAGGAAGGUUAUACCUACUAUUGGAACAUUAAGACCAAUGAAUCCAUUUGGGAAGCACCAAAAGAAGGUUACAUGAAAAAGGAGGAAUAUGAAAAGAUCAAUCAACUAGUUAUGGUCAAACAGGAAGAGCAACUCAAAAAGGAAACAGCCUACGAGGUUGAAAAUGCCCAGGAAAUUGCCGCCCGUUUGAAGCGGGAACAGAUGGCCAAAAUGUUUCAGCACAAUCGAAAAGUGAAGGAGGAGAUCGAAAGUUUGACCGAUUCCAAGAAGCAACGACUGGAGGAGGAAGCUGUGCUGGAAGCCGCGGCCGGGCCCUACGGACGGUGGCAGACUGUGGAGCAUAGGGAAGUAAAGCCAGUCGAUUUGGAGCUACCCGCCGUUCCCGAGCCACUAUAUGUUCCUAGUGCUGCCCCGGAAGUACCGGAGCGAAAGUUCAAGGAAAAGGUCAUAACAUUGGUUCCGGGUGACGAAAAGAGUGCUCUCAACGAUAAAUUCUUCAAGAAACGGAAAGUGCAACGAAAUGCCCGGCAACGAUUGGAUACGGACUAGGACUAGGAGUUAAACAAGGAAUAUUACAAUCACGAUGUUAUAGAGUAUCAGCAGCGGUCAGGUGUCAAAGCUACAAUAACACUCAAUUUUGACACUUGCUCCUCGGUAUUGAAAAAGCAAGCCAGGAGCCAUAUUUGAAUACCGACCAACUCCUGAUUUGACAGAUGCUAACAAAAGGAAAUAGCAUCAAAAAACAACAACACCUAUCGGAGCGUCACCAGUGGCUAAAAUGGAAACCAGUUUAGCACUUACCGGUGCGCAAAUGUACUGCUAAAGCUAAAAAAGGACCUAGAAUGUGUCCGGGGUUAACACCUGGGAUAGCACUUAUCGCUGCCGAUGCUUUAAGGUGCUUCAAGGGUUUAGACAACGUUUUAAGAAUUGUAAGAAUAUGCGCUUUUAAUAAUUCAUAUUUAUUCAAAUAGUAAUCAUUUUACUUCCGCCUUUUCUAUAUGCUACGCCAAACUUUUUGCGAUUGUCAAUUGAAAAAUCAGGACACCUGGCAUCUCUGAUCAAAGCUCCGAAAAAAUUCACAGUGUAAUAGUUCCAUUUCUGUCGCCAGAUAGCGCUAUUCGUGUCUCCCGAUUUCUCGUUAAGUGGUGUAUAUCGGUUCUAGUAUAUCCGAUUUCAGACACAAACUGCUAUUUAGUUUGAUUAAAAAAAUCCAAAUAAUUAAACCCUGGAUAAAAUAAAAAAUGAUUGUCACAGUGUAAGCAAAGCAAA